AUGGCUGGAGGCGUCAAGAGAGACCGCGAUGGCAAUGCUCGUGCUAAGCCCGCGCAGGAUUUGCCGCGGAGCCGGUUCCAUGCCAUGUUUGAGAACUUCCGAGAUGAGCUGGACGAGCAUUACGAUCGCAGGGAGCGCGUCAUCAAGGUGUCCCGAGAUGUGACGGCGCAAAGCAAAAAAAUAGUCAAAGAGCUCAACAAGGACUUCCCCAAAGGAAUACAGCAGGACGUCGACACGCGCCUCGGCGAAAUCUCAAAACUCCUCUCCACAGUCACCGCCGACCUGCGGUCCAUCAACCGCUAUCGCUACGGCUAUUCCAUGAAGUGCCUGGAGGAGCUCGUCGAGGCGCUCUCAUUCGCACACUACCUGCGGCAUCAGAAGGUCAUCACGCUGGAAGAGACGCAGGCAGCCACCCCCGCCGACGUUGUGCUGACGCCGCACGACUACAUGUAUGGCCUGUUUGACCUGUUUGGAGAGCUGAUGCGGUUUGCAACGGUCACGACGGCGCAAUCGGGCCAGCUGGUUGGCGAUUACGACAGAAACAUUCUCGGCGACAUACAGGAACUUGGCUGCGCGUUUGAGCUGCUGCCUCAGAUCCCGACCAAGGAUUUUCGCAACAAGAUGGAAGUUAUGCGGCAGAGCAUCAACAAGGUUGAGAAGCUGGGUUAUGGUCUUGUCGUGAGGGGCAGUGAACGGCCUAAGGGGUGGGUUCCUGAUAUGAAAGAUGAUGAUCCCCGACCUUCGUCGCCUGUGUGA